CUUGAUAGUACUUAAUUCAUAGUGCUUUAUAUUCAAAAUUUGGGGCCAAUGGCACGCCAAAAAUGGAUUCCCUUAAGUAGGCGAGGUUAGGUAGCCAAGUUCAAAAAGUUUAAUGUAGAACAUAUGCUUACGUAACCUGCAGUGUCUGGUCAAGAAGUGGGUGAGGAGUCUCCAGCCUUCUUUGAUCCAUCAGUGUAGAUGAUCAGUGUGGUCUCAAUCACCAAAAUAAAAAUGUAUUUUGGUUAGAUCUUAAUAACCAUGAAAUUAAAGACAAUUUUGCACUUUAACAAUGGAAAAUCUUCUAUUAUUUAGCUUUAACCGGUUUCGCCCUAAGGGCAUCUUCAGAAAGCCACCUAUUGUAUAAAAUAACCAUGCCAAUCUUUUUUUUUUUUUAUUUAUUUAGCAUGGACUACAAUAACAUUUUUCGGGGACAGCACCCACACUCGCAAAGACCCCAACAACGAAAACGAAACGAUAACCGAAGAGAUCCCCCGCUUACUAAUAAAAUCAUUUUACCCAUGGAACGCAAUGUCCGGAAUGAAAUACUACAUCUCCUUAUCCUACCAAGUCUACUACGUCUUAUUCUCGAUGCUUCACUCCAACCUCCUCGACGUCCUAUUCUGCUGUUGGUUAAUAUUCGCGUGCGAACAACUCCAACACUUAAAAGAAAUCAUGAAACCCCUGAUGGAACUCUCCGCCACCUUGGAUACUUACGUCCCGAAGAGCGCCGAUUUGUUCCGCGCGCCGAGCGUUAAUUCUCAGGAUAAUUUAAUUGAUAACGACGCCUUGGAUUAUAACAAUAUGAAGAAUGACGAGCUAAAUUUGAAAGGGAUUUAUAGUACUCAUCAGGAGAUGGGGAUUAAUUACCGUGGGGGUAAUUUGCAACAAUUCGAUAGCGGCGGUGGGGGAAUUGGACCAAAUGGGUUAACUAAAAAGCAGGAGUUGUUGGUUCGAUCUGCGAUUAAGUAUUGGGUUGAAAGACAUAAACACGUCGUUAGAUUGGUAACUGCAAUUGGAGAUGCGUACGGAAUCGCGCUUCUCCUUCACAUGUUGACAGCUACUAUCACUUUGACUUUGCUGGCUUAUCAAGCCACUAAGAUUGAUAGUGUUUCAAAGUAUGCCUUAACCGUUUUGGGGUACUUAUUUUACGCCUUGGCCCAAGUGUUUCUAUUUUGUAUCUUUGGAAACCGGUUAAUUGAGGAGAGCUCCUCAGUUAUGGAGGCGGCGUAUAGCUGUCAUUGGUACGAUGGAUCUGAGGAGGCAAAAACUUUCGUGCAAAUCGUUUGCCAACAGUGUCAAAAGGCCAUGUCGAUUUCCGGGGCGAAAUUCUUCACGAUUUCGUUGGAUUUAUUCGCUUCGGUGUUAGGAGCGACCGUUACCUACUUCAUGGUGUUGGUGCAACUCAAAUAAAUCAUUAAUGGUAAGCGACAAAAAUUAAUUAAUA